AUGGAUAAAAGAAAAAUACUUCAUGAAGCUGCAGAAUGGUUCUUGGCCACUUUUCCAGGCUUGACCACUUAUGAAACAGCGUAUGGUUAUGCAGAAUGGACGCUCUAUGCAGUCCCUUUCAUAAAAACAGAAGAACAUCUUUUGUUCGCUGCAAAGCUAAUCAUUUUAGUGGCUAUCGGGGAUGAUUCAUUCAAAGAGCAUGAAUACGUUAUGCUGCUCAACUACUUGAAAACAUCCGUUGCCAACGAAGCCAGUCCUUUUAUUUCAGCUAUCAUCAAAUACUUUGACGAUUAUAAAGCGGUAUCCAUCUAUGAAGAAAAUUACAAUAAUACGGUCAAAACCAUUGUGGCAUUCUUCGAAUGCACCGUAGGAAUGAAAUCAAAUGAUAAGAUGGAUCGUAUCACUGAUUCUGCAAUGCUACCAUUUUAUAUCAUCAGCCUUGAUUCGAAUCAUAUCCUCGCCGACAUGAAUAAUGAAAAACUGCUGGAUGGUGCAUAUGCAACGCGGAUCGACAACGAUUUACUUACAUAUCCCAAGGAUACUAUGUCAGGUUACAUGUUGGAUCAUGCCAACCCGGUAUACGCAGGUGUAUCAAUAGGUGAUCAAUUGAAUGCCGUUAAGAGUCAUUGUACAGCCCAAUUGUUGAAUCUCGAACCAACUCUCGAGGAUGCUAUUUACUUGCAAGGUCGAAUGGGGUGUUUCGUAUGGUCAUUAUUUACAAAGAGAUAUGGUUGUAUUCUUAAGACGGUAUACGAAGAUAAUCAGACAGUGGAAAACAUCAGAAAAUCCAUUAAAAAGAGCAUCACCAUUUCUGAUAAAAAGAAUCAUUAUUUGUAA